AUGAAGGUUCCAACGUUACUCUGUGCUUUGGCGGCGCUUGCAGCUGCAACCUCAGCUUCUUCUCAAUGGCGGGCGAAAAGAGCGGCUGCACUUGUCCCGGCCUACGCAGCUCAUUCAAUUGAUCAGCCUAUCGACCAUUUCCAGAACUCUAGCCGCUAUGAACCCCAUACGAAAGAUACGUUCAAGCAGCGGUACUUCUUCGACUCGUCUUAUUACAAACCUGGAGGCCCAGUAUUCCUGUAUAUUGGUGGAGAGACGAGCGGGGAAAGUCGAUUCUCGAACCUGCAGACCGGGAUCAUCCAAAUCCUGAUGGAAAAGUUCAACGGUCUUGGUGUAAUUCUCGAGAACCGGUAUUAUGGACACAGCUACCCCUACAACACCAGUACGACGGACGAGCUGAGGUUCCUGACUACCGAGCAAACUAUUGCCGAUAAUGCCUACUUCAGACAGCACGCUACUUUCCCUGGAGUCAACAGCACUCUGAACGGACCGGACGUUCCUUGGAUCAUGUACGGCGGCUCCCUUGCUGGUGCACAGACCGCUUUCACCAUGAAGACCUACAACUCGAUAUUUGCUGGCGGCAUCGGUAGCAGUGCCACCACUCAAGCAUUGCUUACAUACCCCCAGUGGUACGACCCGAUCAUCAAGUACGGUCCCUCAGACUGCGUUUCCAGGAUUAUCAACAUCGUCGAUAAAAUCGAUACUUUGAUCCAGUCCGGAAAUAAGCGAGGCAUUCAGCAGCUCAAGGAAGUUUUCGGCCUUGGUGCACUGCAGAAUCUAGGCGACUUUGCCAUGACCAUCGCGUUCCCCAUCGGUGGCCCAAUGAGCUACCCCACGAACACCUGGCAGGAGCUCAACUGGAAUGAGACUUACGGUUCCGACGACUUCUGGAACUUCUGCUCCAAUGUCACAAAUAUUGACCCCCCCAAGAAUAUUAGCAGCGUCGACACCGCACUCUCCAAAUACUCGAAUGGCAAGCCGUGGACUGGUCUAGGCGGAUACGCCGACUACGUAAAGAAGGUUCUUCUCCCAACCUGCGAAAGCGGUAGGAUCGACAGCACAGACAAUGGCUGCUUCGGCACCCAGAACCAGACAUUCUACGCCGAUCCCACAAACAGCGCUUCCCGCUCCUAUCUCUACUCAACAUGCUCCGAGUCAGGCGCCUACCAAGUCGCCCCCAAAUCCGGUCCAUCUCUUAUCUCGCGUGCCCUGCAAAUUCCCUACACCCAGCAAUGGUGCACAUGGGCCUUCCCAGCCGGCCAGCACAACACUAUCCCCAAGUCCCCCAAGCUGCACCACUACAACAAGUACGGCGGCUGGAACCUCCAAGCACCCAACCUUGCGCUCAUCGACGGAAGCACGGAUGUCUGGCUUGAUUUGUGCUAUCACUCAGACCUAGCGCCGAAGCCUAGGAUUAGCAGCGACGAACAUCCGAGUUAUUUGAUUGCUGGCGCUGGACAUCACUGGGACAGCUACGGAAUUAAGGAUGUAAGUGCUGAGCCGGCGUAUAUCAGGGAGGCGCAUGAGUGGGAGAUUAGGACUGUGAGCAGGUUUUUGAAGUUUUGGGAAAAGAACCAUUAA